AACUAUGCCUGUUAACAAAUCACCUGCAGUUAAUCAGUUUGGAUUAAUAUCUUCCCCUUAUCAUCAAGAACUCUUGAAAUUUAAUUUUCAAACCUCAGGUAAAAGUAAGAGUCAUAAAUCAAGGUCACUAUUAUUAAUCAGAGAAAAGUUCAUCUUGAAAUUCAAUCAAACCCGGAAUCCAGUAGAGAAGAAAGAGCUGCUAGAACAAGCGAGAAAAAACAUUCUAAGAUGUAAGAGAAAACUGGGUCUCAGUUCCCUGGGUUCUGGGAAGCACGUGCAUCUUCCUUUUGCGUGGACUGAAGUAAUAUAUCUGGCGCAAUGCCAAGGAGAAAUCCAAGACGAAGCUUUAAGUGUGCUUCAUGCGUCCCUGGACCACGCUCCCUUUGAUGAGGAUCAUCUGCCUGCCUUAUUUUUUGUUGCGGAAUCAGUUUUGCAUAGGCUCUGCUGUGAUGCAUUCCUGAAGGAGUUUUUAUAUUCUGUUGAAAUAAAGCUGACAAAGAUUGGCUAUUUGAUCUUCUUACGGCUUUUUAUAUUUUUUCUGCACGGUCAACUACGGAGUUUUAAAGAACAUUUACUGAGGCUCCAACCGUAUUCAUAUGCACUUUUCGCUUCUAGAGAGUCAUAUCACAAGUAUCCAAAUAUCUUUUCAAAUAUACAAUUCAUGCUGAAAACGUUACAAAUCAUAUGUGAAAAAGAACUCUAUCCUGGAUCAGUUUUUUGCAUUGUGGAAAAAAAGGAAGGAUUUGAGAACACAGAUUCUGAUACGGCACAUUUGCAGAGUAAUCAUGGAGGACAUGAAGUGAGCCCCCUGCUCUGGCACUGCGUUGCUGCUUGGUUUUGUGUUCAGAGCAGCAGCCCUCAGCUGAAGAACGUGCUUGAGCAUCUCGCCAUGCAUAAAAUGCAGCUGCAGGAGAAAUGCUGGUUGGAUUUAGUACUGGCCUUGUUGGUCCUUGGAGAAGCUGCCAAAUUAAAUAUGACCUGCUUGAAAACUUUAAUGGACCUCAUGAGAGAUUUUCUUUUAAGCAUUAUGGCUGUUGAGAAACAGGAGAAAUGGCCCACAGGAGAAGAUCUUUCCUGGGCCUGGAAUAUAGUUCAUAUGUACACAACGACCAUUGCGGAGAUCUGUUUAUAUGCAGCCACAUCUGAUUUGCGGAAAACAGCCUUUGUUGGUCUCUGUGGGUGUGAAUGUCCUCACAAAAAUAUUCUACUUAUUGACAAAUCAGAACAGCCAGAAUUGCAGACAACAAGUAUUUUAAAUCUUUUGGAAUUCUUCUCAUCAAAAAUAUCAGAUAAUUGUGAUCAAGUGGUCUGGAUUGGAUACUAUGGCUUAGUGUAUAACCUGGUGAAAAUGUCAUGGGAACUUCAGGGUGAUCUGGAGGAGGAUGGACUUGGAAAUAUGAUUUGGCAAACGUUACAAAAAACGAAGGAUUAUGAGAAAGAUGCACGGAUCCUAAAUGCCAUUACUAUAGCCCAGGCUGAAUUAAAUGACCGAAGCGAUCCCUUUACAAGAUGCCGCACAAAAGUCCCAUCAAAUGCUAAAGAAGAGGUUUUCUCUAAGUUCAUUGGGUGGAGAGUUGCCAACGCACUUUCCAAGCUAUUGUUUCCGCCUCUUGAUGUACAUGCACUUCCUUUAAAGAAACCAGCAGCAAAGCAGGACCAAAUGAAAUAUCGGAAUAGAAAACAGGAAUCCAUGAAGAAGAGGGUUCUACAUUUUACUAUAAGGGAACGUCCUUCUCUUUCAGAACUUCCCAUGUUCUCGUAUCCAGAUUUCUUCACCAAAGCGGAUAAAGAAUUGGCAAAAAUUAUUGACCAUCACUGGCAGAAAGAGCUGGAGAUCCAACAAAGAGAAGAUGCAAGAUGUGAAGCUAAAGAACAGAAAGAUAAAGAGUUGGAGGAGAAAAAACACUUCCAAGAAAUUAUGAAGCAAAGAGAAGCGAAGUUGCACAAGCAAACUAAGCCCUACGAGCUUCCUCCCAGGACUUAAGUAAUCUCCUUAGGAAAAAAAAAAUCACUCACAAAAACAUUGCGGUUGACAUGCCAGAAAUUGCUAGCACAGA